AUGGCGGCUUUGCUGUAUAAUGGUGUGAACUCUGAAAGACAAUACUUCGGCGAUGGCACCAAACUCACUGUCCUAGAGGGUGAGCUCACUAUCACCUCCCCCGAAGUGGCCAUCUUUCCCCCAUCAAAGCAGGAGAUCAAAGAGAAGGGGAAGGCCACUCUGGUGUGCCUGGCCACAAAGUUCUACCCCGACCACAUCAAGCUGGUCUGGCAGGUGAAUGAUGCUGAGAGGGAAGACGGGGUGAGGACAGAUGAGUUUUCCACUUGGCAUGAAAAAUCAAAAUCAUACUCCCUGACCAGCCGCCUGAGGAUCUCAACCAAAGAGUGGUUCAACUCCAAGAACAGUUUCCGGUGUGCUGUGAAGUUCCACCUGGAUGAGAUCCAGUAUAAAGUGAUCAGAGGUGGAGAUGGAUGUGGCAUCACUGAAGACUCCUACAUGCGAUCUGGCAACUCUACAAAGCUCACCUACCUGAUGCUCUUGUGGAAAGCCAUGCUCUAUGCCUUGCUGGCGAGUGCUCUGGUGUGGAGAGUCAAGGCUGGUGACAAGCUGAGCAGAGAAUAAAUUGGGACUCGUCUCCAGCACCUCAGGAGGAACACAGCAAAAUUUAUCUACUGCCCCGAAUCCUCCAGGGAGAAGGAUUUUGCUUCUGCCUGCACCCUGCCUAUAUUCCAUUCCUUGGAGGGGUUUGAUGGGUCGAGUAGUUCCUCUCUAUCCAUCUCUCUCAGUAGUCACUGAUGGCUCCCCCUACCCCCAGAGCUUUAAAAGCUAGAUAGCUACUCAUGGUGAGAGACUGAGGUGGCUGCCCUCUGAAGCCGUAAUAAAGUCUUGGUUUCUUUUCAUUUGAAAAA